CAUUGGAUUUCCAAAUUCAGAUCGUUCUGAUUCAGAUUCAACUUGUUGAACAACCGGCCCCAGAGGCGCGCUUGUCCCUCGGUGGCAUCCGUACAGAGUCCUUCUGGCGUCCGUAGUGACGUCACGGGUGCACAUUUUUGAAUCGUCCUGUGAAGCUCGUGGUGUGAGAACUGAGAAACAUUCAUAGCGCAUAUUUCUGCCGUCUGGAGUGAUAAAAGCCCGAAAGCAGCCAUGAACGUUCAGCCUUCAAACCCUAACAACCCGAUAGUGUUUUUCGACGUCACCGUUGGAGGACAAGAAGUGGGCAGAAUGAAGAUAGAGCUAUUUGCAGACAUCGUUCCAAAGACUGCGGAAAAUUUUCGGCAGUUCUGUACUGGUGAAUUCAAGAAGGACGGUGUUCCCGUAGGCUAUAAAGGCUGCACAUUUCAUCGGGUGAUAAAGGACUUCAUGAUUCAGGGUGGUGAUUUUGUCAAUGGGGAUGGCACUGGUAUCUGCAGUAUCUACAGGGGACCGUUUGCAGAUGAGAACUUCAGAAUGAAGCACUCUGGCCCAGGACUCUUGUCUCUGGCAAACAGUGGACCGGGAACAAACGGCUGCCAGUUUUUUAUCACCUGCACAAAGUGCGACUGGUUGGAUGGGAAGCAUGUGGUAUUUGGAAAAGUGGUGGAUGGUUUGCUUGUUAUGAGAAAAAUUGAGAAUGUACCAACAGGACCCAACAACAAGCCCAAGCUGCCCAUUGUCAUUGCCCAGUGUGGAGAAAUGAAUGGCCGGUUGAGGGUUUUCUUACCCUUAAAUAAAUGUUGACCCAUGUUUUUUUUUAAGUCACUGUGGAACGUUCUUUAUUACACUUCAAAUUCAGAGAGAACUGAAAUCAAGAGACGUUUCCUGAAUCGUCAAGGGCUUUGAGUUUAUGAUACUAAAUCAACACCUAAAGGACACGCCACUUAAUGCAAAUUCCUUAUGAUUGUACUCCCUUUGUCGUCUUAUUGCUGCUUACCCUAACCCACAUCCUAACCCAGAAACCCCUUCCCCCAUCUCUUGGACCGUGUCCCAUGCACACAAAAGGGCUCUUUCAGCUGAAGUGCAGGAAGAGUUUGGGCUCGGUAGGAGGCUUCUGGGGUCAAUGUUAAAGGCUGUCUUUGUGUGGGACAACAGGGCCGGACCAUUAACAAUAAAAUCACACUUCAACCAGGUCUCCUCGACAGUGCCAAAAACAUAUUUACAUGACAAAAGGGAAGGGGGUAGUGUGGAUCUGUCUCACAACUAGCCAGGGUCUGUCUCAUCUGUGGUCGUUGAGUGCUUCAUUUAUAAUGCGGUGGGAGAAGUC